AAAGAAAAAGAAUAUUCUGAAAUCAAUCCUUAUAAAUCCGUUCCAACUUUAAAAAUUGAUGGACUUGUAUUAACCCAAUCAAUUCCAAUACUUGAAUAUUUGGAAGAAACUCGGCCAGACAAGACGUUAUUACCUAAAGAACCAGGCAAAAGAGCUUUGGUUAGAAUUCUAAUUCAAGCAAUUGCCGGUGACAUUCAACCAAUCCAAAAUUUAAGAGUUUUAAACCAAGUUGAAAGCUUGGGGGGCGAUAAAAAUGAAUGGGCUAAACAUUUUAUUACUAUUGGUUUUGAAGGAGUUGAAAAGCAACUUGAAAAAACGUCUGGUAAAUAUUGUGUUGGCGAUGAAGUUACCUUGGCAGACGUUUGUCUUUUACCACAGGUUUAUAAUGCUACCAUGAGAUUUGGAGUUGAUAUGAAAAAAUUCCCUCGAAUUCAAUCAAUUGCUGACAAUUUGUACAAAUUGGAUGCAUUUAAAAAUGCUCAACCGGAUAAACAAGGCGAUUGUCCCGUUUCUAUGGUAUAA